AUGGCAGAGGCCAGGAAGGUGAUCGAGGCCAGCCUCCUCCAGCGCCGCAAGUGCCUUCUCCUAACAGCACUUCCUGAUGCCACCAUUUGGAAGCCCGAUUCAUGCCAGAACUGCCGUUGCCAUGGUGAUAUCGUUAUCUGCAAACCCGCUGUUUGCAGAAACCCUCAGUGUGCCUUUGAGAAGGGAGAAGUGCUUCAAAUACCCGCCAACCAAUGCUGCCCUGAAUGUGUGCCAAGGAUGCCUGGAUCUUGCCAUCAUGAAAAGAACAUUCACGCGCACGGGACAGAAUGGGCCUCCUCCCCUUGCAGCACAUGCUCUUGCACUCAUGGGGAAGUCCGAUGCACCCCCCGACCAUGCCCACCGCUGAUGUGUGGACACCAGGAGCUGGAAUUCAUCCCCGAAGGGAGCUGCUGCCCAGUCUGCGUGGGCCCUGGGAAAUCCUGUUCCUACGAAGGCCGUGUGUUUCACGACGGGCAGGACUGGCCGUUGAGUCGGUGCGCCAAGUGUGUGUGCAGAAACGGGGUCGCCCAGUGCUUCGUGGCUCAGUGCCCCCCUCUGUUUUGUAACCAGGAUGAAACUGUAGUCCGCGUCCCUGGAAGAUGCUGUCCACAGUGCUCUUCGCGGUCCUGCUCUGCUGCUGGCCACGUGUACGAGCAUGGAGAGCAGUGGCGUGAAAAUGCUUGCACCACGUGUACAUGUGACCAGGGUGAGGUCAGGUGUCACAAACAGCCCUGCCCUGUAUUAAGAUGCGAAAAGGGUCAGAGACGGGCUUGGCAUCAGGGGCAAUGCUGUGAGGACUGUGUGUCUCCUGCUGGAAGCUGCUCACACCGAGGGCUUGUGAGAUACCAGGAUGAAAUCUGGAAAGGCUCGGCCUGUGAGUUCUGCACGUGUGACCGUGGCCAAGUGACCUGCCAGACUGCAGAGUGUGCCAAAGUGGAGUGUGCCCGGGGUGAAGAAUUAAUUCACUUAGAGGGAAAAUGCUGUCCUGAAUGCAUUUCAAGGAAUGGUUAUUGCGUUUACGAAGAAAGUGCAGAAUUUAUGUCCUCAAAUGCAAGUAAAGUUAAACGUAUUCCAGAGGGGGAGAAGUGGGAGGAUGGCCCUUGCAAGGUGUGUGAGUGCCGGGGGGCUCAGGUAACUUGCUACAAGCCCUCCUGUCCUCCCUGCCCCGUGGCCACACUCGCCCAGGUGGUGGAGGGACAGUGCUGUCCCGAUUGCACAUCAGUUCAUUGCCACCCAGACUGCUUGACCUGCUCUCAGUCUCCAGACCACUGUGACCUCUGUCAGGAUCCCACCAAGUUGCUGAGGAAUGGACAAUGUGUGCACAGCUGUGGUCUGGGGUUUUACCAAGCUGGUGCUUUCUGUUUAGCCUGCCAGCCACAGUGCUCCACCUGCACCAGUGGGCUCGAGUGCUCGUCCUGCCAGCCUCCCCUGCUGAUGCAGCAGGGCCAGUGUGUGUCCACCUGUGGGAUCGGCUUCUCCCAAGACCGCCACUCCUGUGCAGCCUGCCACGAGUCCUGUGCCGCCUGCUGGGGUCCCACGGAGAAGCACUGCCUGGCCUGCAGAGACCCCCUCCACGUGCUGAGAGAGGGCGGCUGUGAGAGCAGCUGUGGCGACGGGUUUUACAACAAGCAGGGGAUUUGCAGUGCUUGUGAUCAAUCCUGUGAGAGCUGUGGCCCCAGUAGCCCCAGAUGUCUUACCUGUGUGGAGAAGACUGUGUUGCAUGAUGGGAAAUGCAUUUCUGAAUGCCCUGGUGGGUACUAUGCUGAUGCCACUGGGAGAUGUAAAGUUUGUCACAACUCAUGUGCCAGCUGCUCAGGACCUGCGGCCUCUCACUGCACCACCUGCGUCCACCCCCAGGCCCUGCGCCAAGGCCACUGUCUGCCCAACUGUGGAGAGGGCUUCUACCCCGACCAUGGUGUCUGCAAAGCCUGUCAUUCCUCUUGCCUGACGUGUGUGGGUCCAGCGCAUUCCCACUGCACCCAGUGUAGGAAGCCAGAGGACGGACUGCAGUUUCAGCCGAUGUCGGGUGCAAACAUCACCUCGGGCGAGUGUCUGUCCCCUUGCAGAGCCCAGUUUUACUUGGAGAACACUGGACUGUGUGAAGCUUGCCACCCAUCCUGUUUUGGGUGUGCAGGGAUGAGCCCACGUAACUGCACAGCCUGCUGGCCUUCCCACGUGCUGUUGGAUGGGCAGUGCCUCUCCCAAUGCCCAGAUGGGUACUUCAACCAGGAGGGCAGUUGUACAGAGUGCCACCCCACCUGCAGGCAGUGCCAUGGCCCGUUGGAGUCUGACUGCAUCUCCUGCCACCCUCACAUUCCUCUGACUGCUGGGAGCUGCAGGGCCGGCUGUAAAGAGGAGCAGUUCCUCAACCUCGCGGGCUACUGUGCUGACUGCCACCCUCUGUGCCACCAGUGUGCGGCUGACCUCCACGACACCGGGAGCAGCUGCCUGCAGUGCCAGGAUGCCCGGAGCCUGCUGCUGGGGGACCGCUGUGUCCCUGAUUGCCCUUCCGGGUACUUCGUGGAGAGAGGAGCUUGUAAAAAAUGUCAUCCCUCCUGCAGAACCUGCCAGGGCAGGGGUCCCUUCUCCUGCUCCUCCUGUGACACUGGCCGCGUUCUGUCCCACCUUGGCACCUGCAGCACCGCCUGCUUCCCUGGGCACUAUCUCGAUGACAACCAUGUUUGUCAGCCAUGCAGCGUGAAUUGUGGAAGCUGUGAUUCCCAGGCCAGCUGUACCUCCUGCCGAGAUCCAGGCAAGGUCCUGCUCUUUGGGGACUGUCAGCAUGAGAGCUGUGCCCCUCAAUACUAUCUGGACUUCUCCACCAAGACGUGCAAAGAGUGUGACUGGAGUUGCAAUGCGUGCAGCGGGCCUCUGAGGACAGACUGCCUCCAGUGCAUGGACGGCUAUGUUCUCCAGGACGGCGCCUGCGUGGAGCAGUGCUCAGCAUCAUUUUACCAGGACCUGGGCCUCUGCAAGAACUGCGACAGCCACUGUCUCCAGUGCCAAGGUCCCCGUGAGUGCACCCGCUGUGAAGAGCCGUUUCUCCUCUUGGAAGCCCAGUGUGUCCAGGAAUGCGGGAAGGGUUUCUUUGCAGACCACGCUAACCACAAAUGCAUGGCCUGCCCUAAGGGGUGCUUGCGGUGCAGCCACAGAGACUGGUGUGACCUCUGUGACCAGGGCUUCUUUCUGAAGAGCGGUCUUUGUCUCUCCACCUGUGUUCCUGGCUUCUCUGCCCACUCUUCUAAUGAGACAUGUGCUGGCAAAAUACACACCCCUAGUCUUCACGUGAAUGGUUCCCUCACCCUUGCAAUUGGUUCAAUGAAGCCUCUGGAUUUUUCCCUCCUGAAUGUUCAAGAGCAGGGUGGCAGGGUCGAAGACCUACUGUUCCAUGUGGUGAGCACCCCCACCAAUGGUCAGCUCGUGCUCUCAAGGAAUGGAAAAGAGGUUCAGCUCGACAAGGCUGGCCACUUCAGUUGGAAAGAUGUGAAGGAGAAAAAAGUGCGUUUUGUGCACAGCAGAGAAAAGCCCAGGAAAGGUUACUUUUCUCUGAAAAUUAGUGACCAGCAGUUCUUCUCUGAGCCACAGCUGAUCAAUAUACAAGCGUUUUCAACACAGGCCCCCUAUGUUCUGAGGAAUGAGGUCCUCCAUAUCAACAGAAGAGAGAGGGGAACCAUCACCACCCAGCUGCUUGACAUCAGAGAUGACGACAACCCACAGGAUGUGGUGGUCGAAGUGCUCGAUCCUCCAGUUCAUGGCCAGUUGCUCCAAACGCUCCAGUCCUCCACGGCCCCUAUCUAUCAGUUUCGUCUGGACGAGCUCUCUAGGGGCCUUCUCCAGUAUCUUCACGAUGGCUCGGAUAGCACUUCCGACAUCACAGUCUUGCAGGCCAACGAUGGACAUUCCUUCCAAAAUAUACUGUUUCACGUGAGGACCGUGCCCAAGAAUGAUCGAGGUCUUCGGCUUGUGGCUAAUUCAAUGGUGUGGGUUCCAGAAGGUGGGAUGCUGCAGAUUACCAACAGAAUCUUACAGGCAGAAGCUCAAGGCGCCAGCGCCUCAGAAAUCAUCUACAAAAUCACACAGGACCACCCCCAAUUUGGGGAGGUGGUUCUUCUGGUUAACAUGCCUGCAGACAGCCCUGCAGAUGGAGGGCAGCACCUGCCUGAUGGGAGGACAGCAACUCCCACCAGCACCUUCACCCAGCAAGAUAUCAACGAAGGUAUCGUGUGGUACAGGCACUCGGGGGUCCCAGCCCAGAGUGACUCCUUCCGCUUUCAGGUGUCCAGCGCCACAGAGGCCCACGCCCAUCUGGAGAGCCGCCUGUUCAACAUUGCCAUCUUGCCUCACGCUCCAGAAGCACCCCAACAGUCUCCAGGAUCUUCUCUCCACGUGACAGCUCGGGAAGAUGGCCUGACCGUGAUUCAGCCUCAUUCUCUCUCCUUUGUAAACUCUGAGAGGCCAAGCAGAAAGAUAAUAUACAACAUCACUCUACCUCUGCAUCCAAAUCAAGGCAUCAUCGAACACAGGGACCAGCCUCACUCUCCCAUCCGGUAUUUCUCCCAGGAAGACGUUAACCAGGGCAACAUCAUGUACCGUCCUCCCACGGCAGCCCCCCACCUCCAGGAGAUCAGGGCCUUCUCCUUUGCUGGUCUCCCAGAAUCAGUGAAAUUCCACUUCACAGUUUCUGAUGGAGAGCGCACAAGUCCAGAGAUGGCCCUCACCAUUCACUUACUCCGCGCUGAUCAGCACUCACCAGUCUUCCAGGUCACAGCUCCUCUGCUUGAGGUCAGCCCAGGAGGCAGCACUUCUAUAGAACUUCGGUUGGGAAUACGAGACAUGGAGACAGUGCCUGAAGAACUCCUCUUUGAGCUUCGGAAGCCUCCCCAGCAUGGCGUGCUUAUUAAGUACACGGCUGGGUCACCAGGGCCCAUGGCCACAGGUGACACUUUCACAUAUGAGGAUGUAGAGAAGAAUGUCCUGCGGUAUCUACAUGAUGGCUCAUCUGCCCGCGAGGACAGCAUGGAAAUCUCAGUCACAGAUGGCCUUUCAGCCACAACAGUGGACGUGAGGGUGGAGGUAUCACCGGAUGAGGCCCGGGGGCCCCAACUGGCUGCCGGCGCCUCUCUGAGCAUCACGGUUGCUAGUCAAAGCACAGCUGUGAUCACUCGGUCACACCUGGCUUAUGUGGAUGAUUCUUCCUCCGACCCAGAGAUCUGGAUUCAGAUAACUUCUCUGCCCAUGUAUGGUGCGCUCUUAAAAACCUCAGGACCUGAGGUGGAAGAACUCUCAGAGAUUUCCAAUUUCACAAUGGAAGACAUCAACAAGAAGAAAAUUAGGUAUUCGGCCACAUUUGAGACCAGUGGUCAUCCAGUUACUGACAGCUUCCACUUCUUUGUCUCUGAUAUGGACCACAACCAUCUGGACAAUCAGAAGUUUACCAUCACCAUCACGCCCGUCAAGAACCCACCCCCAGUCAUUGCUUUUGCUGACCUUAUCACGGUUGACGAGGGAGGGAGGACCCCACUCUCUUUUCACCAUUUCUUCGCUGCUGCUGCUGAGGACAGUUUCCAGGAGGAUGCCAUCAUUAAGCUAAGCGCUCUGCCCCAGUAUGGCUGCAUCGAGAACAUGGGGACAGGUGAUCGGUUUGGCCCUGGAACUACCAGUGACCUAGAGGCAUCGUUCCCUAUUCAAGAUGUCCUGGAAAACUACAUUUACUACUUUCAGAGUGUUCAUGAAAGCAUUGAGCCAACCCACGAUAUUUUCAGUUUCUAUGUAAGUGAUGGAAACAGUCGAUCAGAAGUCCACAGCAUCAACAUCACCAUCGAGAGGAAGAAUGAUGAGCCUCCCAGAAUGACCUUGAGGCCCCUUGGCGUGCAGCUGAGCUCAGGAGUGGUGAUAAGCAAUUCUUCUUUGAGCCUGCAAGACCUGGACACUCCAGAUAAUGAGCUGAUUUUUGUAUUGACAAAAAAGCCUGGCCACGGUCAUCUGCUCCGGAGGCAAGCUGCUUCUGAACCUCUGGAGAAUGGGAGGGUUUUGGCCCAGGGCUCCUCCUUCACCUACCAAGAUAUCCUGGCUGGGCUGGUUGGGUAUGUGCCUGGUGGUCCCGGUGUGGCAGUGGAUGAGUUCCGGUUCUCCCUCACUGAUGGCCUCCACACGGACACGGGGAGGAUGGAGAUAUAUAUAGAACUGCCUACAAGCGACAGCCCCCUUCUGGCUGUAAACCGAGGCCUCCAGCUCUCGGCAGGGUCCGUAGCAAUCAUCACAGAACGGCACUUGAAAGUGACAGAUCCUGACUCAGAUGACCAUCAGGUGAUGUAUAUCUUAAAGGAAGAUCCUGGAGCAGGGCGCCUGCAGAUGGUGAAGCGUGACAGCCUGGAGCAGAUCUCCACUAGAGGCCCCAUCCGAAGUUUCACCCAGGCUGACAUCAGUCAAGGCCUUAUAGAAUACAGUCAUGGAAAAGGAGAAUCUGGCGGGAACUUUGCUUUUAAAUUUGAUGUGGUUGAUGGAGAAGGCAACAAAUUGAUUGGCCAGUCAUUUUCCAUCAGUGUUUCAGAAGACAAAUCCCCACCUGUCAUCAUCACCAAUAAAGGGCUGUUAAUGGAUGAAAACUCGGUGAAGAAGAUCACCACUCUGCAACUCUCUGCCACUGACCAGGAGACAGGACCCACAGAACUGGUCUAUAGAAUCACCAGAGAGCCCCAGCUGGGCCACCUGGAACACACAGCAUCACCAGGCAUCCGGAUUAGUUCCUUUACACAAGCUGACCUCGCUUCAGGAAACGUUCAGUAUAUCCACUCCAGUGAGGCUGAGAAGCAUUCAGACGCCUUCAGCUUUACGCUGUCCGAUGGAGUCCACGAGGUGACGCAGACCUUCCGCAUCACUCUUCGCCCUGUGGAUGACGCGCUGCCCCAAGUGCAGAACUUCGGGAUGCGGGUACAGGAGGGCGUGAGGAAGACCAUCACGGAGUUUGAGCUUAAAGCGGUGGAUGCGGACACAGAGGCCGAGUCUGUCACGUUCACGGUCGUGCAGCCCCCACGCCACGGCACCAUCGAGCGAACCACCAGCGGGCAGCCCUUCCAGCUCACGUCCACCUUCACCAUGGAGGACAUCUACCAGAACCGGGUCCGCUACAGCCACGACGGCAGCAACUCCCUCAAAGACCGAUUCACCUUCACCGUGGCUGACGGGACGAAUCCUUUCUUCAUUGUUGAGGAAGGAGGAAAAGAGAUCAUAACAGCAGCACCUCAGCAGUUUUGGGUAGACAUCCUCCAGGUGGAUGAUGGUGCCCCUAGGAUUGUUACCAACCUGGGGCUACAAUGGCUGGAGUACAUGGAUGGCAAGGCAAUCAACUUGAUCACCAAGAAGGAACUGCUGACCGUGGACCCAGACACGGAGGACAUGCAGCUUGUCUAUGAGAUCACCACGGGCCCCAAGCAUGGCCACGUGGAGACCAAGCUACAGCCUGGCAGGGCAGCGGCUACCUUCACACAGGAGGACGUGAACUUGGGGUUGAUUCAUUACGUGUUGCAUGAGGAGAAGAUCCAUGAGAUGAUGGAUAGUUUUCAGUUUCUGGUGAAAGACAGUAAACCCAAUGUGGUCAACGACAACAUCUUCCAUAUCCAGUGGUCCCUCAUCAGUUUUAAAUAUACCAGCUACAACGUCAGUGAGAAAGCAGGGUCAGUGAGCGUCACGGUGCAGAGGACGGGGAACCUGAAUCAGUACGCCAUUGUCCUGUGUCGCACGGAGCAAGGCACGGCCACCUCCAGCUCCCGGGCGGGCUCCCAGCCUGGACAGCAGGACUAUGUGGAGUAUGCUGGCCAGGUGCAGUUUGAUGAGCGAGAGGAUACCAAGUCCUGCACCAUCGUCAUCAAUGAUGACAACGUGUUUGAGAACGUCGAGAGUUUCACCGUGGAGCUCAGCAUGCCAGCGUACGCCCUACUAGGGGAGUUCACCCAGGCGAAGGUCAUUAUCCAUGACACUGAGGACGAGCCCACAUUAGAGUUUGAUAAGAAGACCUACCGGGUCAACGAGAGUGCUGGCUUUCUGUUUGCACCUAUUGCAAGAAAAGGGGAUUCAACCAGCAUUGUAUCUGUGAUUUGCUACACAGUCCCUAAGUCAGCUAUGGGCAGUAGCCUCUACGCUCUAGAAUCGGGCUCUGAUUUUAAAUCUAGAGGGAUGUCUGCCGAGAGUCGAGUGAUAUUUGGGCCUGGUGUCACCCUGUCCACCUGUGAUGUCAUGCUCAUUGAUGACAGUGAAUACGAAGAGGAAGAGGAGUUUGAGAUUGCCCUGACAGGUGCUUCUGACAACGCCCGCAUCGGAAGGGUGGCGUCGGCCAAGGUGCUCAUUGCUGGUCCCAAUGAUGCUUCUACUGUGUCCUUGGGCAACACGGCUUUUACCAUCAGCGAGGAUGCAGGUACAGUGAAGAUCCCAGUUAUCCGCCAUGGGACCGACCUUUCCACCUUCACAUCUGUGUGGUGUGCCACGCGGCCCUCAGACCCGGCGUCCGCCACCCCCGGAGUUGACUACGUUCCCAGCUCUAGGAAGGUGGAAUUUGGACCAGGUGUCACUGAGCAGUAUUGCACCUUGACCAUCUUGGAUGACACUCAGUAUCCAGUGAUUGAAGGGCUGGAGACAUUUGUGGUUUUCCUCAGCUCCCCACAAGGGGCCGAACUGACCAAACCCUUCCAGGCUAUCAUUGCAAUUAACGACACAUUCCAGGAUGUGCCCAGCAUGCAGUUUGCCAAGGAUCUGCUCCUGGUGAAGGAGAAGGAGGGCGUCCUGCACGUGCCCAUCAUUCGGAGUGGAGACCUGAGCUACGAAUCAUCGGUGAGGUGCUAUACUCAGGGCCUUUCAGCUCGGGUCAUGGAGGACUUUGAGGAGAGAAGAAAUGCAGACUCUUCACGGAUUACGUUUCUCAGAGGGGAGAAGAUGAAGAACUGUACUGUCUAUAUCCAUGAUGACUCCAUGUUUGAGCCUGAGGAACAGUUCAGGGUCUACCUUGGACGUCCUCUUGGGAAUCACUGGAGUGGAGCCAGAGUUGGAAAGAAUCACAUGGCCACCAUCACCAUAUCUAAUGAUGAAGAUGCCCCUACCAUCGAAUUUGAAGAAGCCGCAUAUCAAGUCCGGGAACCCUCGGGGCCAGACGCCACAGCCAUUCUGAACGUCAAGGUGAUCCGCAGAGGGGACCAGAACAGAACAUCCAAGAUUCGCUGUAGCACACGGGAUGGGUCAGCCCAGUCUGGUGUGGAUUACUACCCAAAGAGCCGAGUCUUGAAGUUCAGUCCUGGUGUGGAUCACAUCUUCUUUAAAGUUGAGAUCCUGUCCAACGAAGACCGGGAGUGGCAUGAAUCAUUCUCCCUAGUCCUUGGCCCGGAUGACCCAGUGGAAGCAGUUCUUGGCGACGUGACCACGGCCACAGUGACGAUUCUAGACCAGGAGGCAGCUGGGAGUCUCAUCCUGCCAGCACCACCCAUUGUCGUUACACUUGCUGACUAUGACCAUGUGGAAGAGGUUACCAAGGAGGGAGUCAAGAAAUCCCCCUCCCCGGGCUACCCUCUGGUCUGUGUCACGCCCUGCGACCCCCAUUUCCCCAAAUAUGCUGUCAUGAAGGAACGCUGCAAUGAGGCUGGCAUCAACCAGACGUCCGUGCAGUUCAGCUGGGAAGUGGCUGCCCCCACUGAUGGCAACGGCGCCCGGUCUCCCUUCGAGACCAUCACCGACAACACACCAUUCACCAGUGUCAACCACAUGGUCCUGGACAGCAUUUACUUCAGCCGGAGGUUCCAUGUCCGUUGUGUGGCCAAGGCUGUGGACAAGGUGGGCCACGUGGGGACCCCCCUGAGAAGCAACAUUGUCACCAUCGGAACAGACAGUGCUAUCUGCCACACCCCAGUGGUGGCCGGGACAGCCCGAGGCUUCCAGGCUCAGUCUUUCAUCGCGACCUUGAAAUACCUGGACGUCAAACACAAGGAGCAUCCCAACAGAAUCCACAUUUCCGUGCAGAUCCCACACCAGGAUGGAAUGCUGCCACUCAUCUCCACCAUGCCGCUGCACAACCUGCAUUUUCUUCUAUCUGAGUCCAUCUACAGGCACCAACACGUCUGCUCCAAUCUCGUCACCACCCGGGACUUGAGAGGCAUCUCAGAGGCAGGGUUCCUGGACGACAGGGUCCAUGACAGCAUAGCACUGGGGCCUGGCUACGACCGCCCCUUCCAGUUUGACUCCAGCGUGCGGGAGCCAAAGACCAUCCAACUCUACAAGCACCUGAACCUGAAGAGCUGCGUCUGGACCUUUGAUGCCUACUAUGACAUGACCGAGCUGAUUGACGUCUGCGGGGGGUCUGUAACCGCCGACUUCCAGGUGAGAGACUCCGCUCAGUCCUUCCUGACGGUGCACGUGCCGCUCUAUGUGUCCUACAUCUACGUGACGGCCCCCAGGGGCUGGGCCUCCUUGGAGCAUCACACCGAGAUGGAGUUCUCCUUCUUCUAUGACACUGUUCUCUGGAGAACAGGAAUCCAGACGGACAGUGUGCUCUCUGCCAGGCUUCAGAUAAUAAGGAUCUACAUUCGAGAGGAUGGCCGUCUGGUUAUUGAAUUCAAGACCCAUGCCAAAUUCAGAGGACAGUUUGUGAUGGAGCACCACACCCUCCCUGAUGUGAAGUCAUUCAUACUGACUCCAGAGCACCUCGGAGGAAUUGAAUUUGACCUGCAGCUCCUAUGGAGUGCUCAGACUUUCGAUUCUCCUUAUCAGCUCUGGAGAGCUACAAGCUCUUAUAACAGGAAGGAUUACUCCGGGGAAUACACCAUCUACCUGAUCCCUUGCACGGUGCAACCCACACAGCCAUGGGUGGACCCAGGAGAAAAGCCUCUGGCCUGCACUGCACACGCCCCAGAGAGAUUCCUGAUACCCAUUGCAUUCCAGCAGACCAACCGCCCUGUCCCUGUUGUGUAUUCGCUCAAUACUGAAUUUCAGCUCUGCAACAAUGAGAAGGUGUUCCUAAUGGACCCCAACACUUCUGAUAUGUCACUGGCAGAAAUGGAUUACAAAGGAGCCUUCUCGAAAGGUCAAAUCCUUUAUGGCCGAGUACUUUGGAAUCCAGAGCAAAACCUUAAUUCUGCUUACAAGCUCCAACUAGAGAAGGUCUAUCUUUGUACUGGGAAGGAUGGCUACGUGCCUUUCUUUGAUCCCACGGGGACCAUCUACAAUGAAGGGCCACAGUAUGGAUGCAUUCAGCCCAACAAACAUCUGAAACACAGAUUCCUGCUGCUGGACCGCAGUCAGCCAGAGGUAACUGACAAGUACUUCCAUGACGUGCCCUUUGAGGCCCAUUUUGCUUCCGAGUUGCCUGAUUUCCACGUGGUCAGCAGCAUGCCAGGCGUGGAUGGAUUUACUCUGAAGGUAGACGCGCUCUAUAAGGUGGAAGCGGGACACCAGUGGUACCUUCAGGUGAUCUACAUCAUCGGUCCUGACACCAUCUCAGGCCCCAGGGUCCAGCGCUCUCUCACGGCCCCUCUGAGGCGCCACCGCAGGGACCUGGCGGACCCCAGUGGCUGGCUGAGCCUCGACGAGUCCCUCAUCUAUGACAACGAAGGGGACCAGGUCAAGAAUGGCACCAAUAUGAAGUCCCUGAACCUGGAGAUGCAAGAGCCAGUCGUGGCCGCUUCUCUCUCCCAAACCGGGGCGUCUAUCGGCAGCGCCCUUGCUGCCAUCAUGCUCCUACUGCUGGUAUCUUUGGUGCUUUGUUUCAUCACCAGGAAGUGCCAGAAACAGAGGAAGAAGCCGCCCCCAGGGGACAUCUUGGAGGAAUACCCUCUGAAUACCAAGGUGGACGUACCCAAGAGGGGAGCAGACAGGGUGGAGAAGAACGUGGACAGACAGUACUGCACGGUGCGCAAUGUGAACAUACUCGGUGACCCCGAGGGCGCCUAUGUGUUCAAAGGUGCUAAAGUCAAGAAACUGAAUCUGGAAGUCAGAGUCCACAACAAUUUACAGGACGGAACAGAAGUUUAAUGGAGGAGACCCAUGUGUAUUUUUUUUUUCUAAAGUCAUUUUUAUAAAACGGGGGGAAAAUACUGGUAUUUUUAUAAUCUUGCCGAUUAAAAAGGGAAUAUGAUAGCGUUCAGUGGUGGAAGGCAUACAUCACAUGCAUCAACUCACAACUGAGCUACCUCAUGAGACUGAGACCCCAGAGGAUGGAAGGAGUUCUUUCCGUGGAUCCCAUUAACAGUCUCUGCAGCGGCAAAUUGUUCCUUCUGUAAGGCUAGUCUUGGAAAGCCAGUGUUCGGAGUUAGGACGGGACUUAAGUCAGCGGAGGUGGCGCACAAGGAUGUACCGGAAGGUCUCAGAGGCAGAAAGUGCCGGGGCGGGAGGUGCUUUUGGUCUCCACCCCCACCAGCUCCAGCUCCCUUUCGAUUGCGCUCUUGCUGGGCAUCUGGACCGCAGAGUUCACAUUGCUGACGCACAGAUUCCGCUCAGAAUUCUGCUAAUCGGCACCUAUGUGUUUGCUCAUGCGUCCAGUUGACAGUUUGCACUCUUCGUCCUCCGACUGUACUUUGCAUCACCAGCCCUUUUCACCUAGGGCUUUAAACUGCUCUGGACUAGAGCAUUUCUCCGAGAAACCCCAGCCUCUCCUGUCAGACAUCAGGCAUGGGGAAACCCCCUCCCACUUUAUGGAGGGGGCACUGAAGCCUGGGGGGAAGGAGGGGUCUGGCAGGUGACU